CCGAAAAAUUUAUGGACGAAUCCAAGUUUUACGAAUGCCAGAAACGAGAGGAAAUUAGCAAUAUGGAUGUUGAUGAGUCAUAUCUUGAUCUCCUAGCUCUGAGGGAAUUAUACAUCCUUCUCUUGAAGAGUUGUUUGCGAGAUGCACCUUCAGAACUUCUGGAUGAAAGGGCACAGAUUUUAUUGAAGAAUUUUCUCGAUGAUGCUACUGCUGAAGUUCUUGAGUUUCUCUCAAAGAACUUGGCAACAGACUCCGGCAUUUUUUACAAAUUUCUACACAAAGAUAAUAAACAGACAAAGCCACUGGACGAGAAAGUUGUUGAACGGAUGAAACACAUCCCAAAGAGGGCCAGAGGUUCAGCUUCAAAGGCUACCACUGACUUAAUAUUACAGGGCAUCCGUUCAGCACUCAGAAGAAUUGAACACCACAUUCUAUCACGGCAACGUUAUAUAAGUCAAAGUAAAAGAAGCCAUAUCAGUUACUGUGGGCGGUCUGUUCUUAAAGGGAAUGAGACAUUAAACCGCCAGAAAGUUCAAUCAAGGACAGAUCACUCAACUAUAAGCGCCAGACAGAUAAAAGGUCAUCUUGUUGGUGGACAGAAUGUUAAGCCGGUAUUGUCACCCCAUUGCUCUGAGUUCGUUCAUGGAUUCAGAUUGCCUCUGAGUCAAGGCAAUGCAGAGGGCAGGAAACCUCUUGCCGUUGAAACUCAUCUAUCCAAACAACACAAAUUUGUAAAUCCAAUGACUCGGAUAGAUAGAUCUGGAGGUUCAGUAGGAUCCAAGGCAACAAUCAUGCCCAGAAAAAAACCAAGUCAAAGUCGUGUAAAGAGGAGCAAAAAUUCAUAUGGUCCUCAUAUGGUAAUGAAGCCAACGUUGCUGGAGCAUCCCUCCAGAGAAGUAAGAAAGGAGGAAACCCAAAACAAGACACAUUUGGCCAGUCAGCAAGAAGCAGAAUUCACAGAUUCAGCUUCUUCUUCAAGUUGGACAACUCAACAGACCAGUGAAAGUGAAACCCUUGAUGAAUUUUCUUCCCCAAGCCACCAAGAUGAACCGCCAGCAAAUAGUUCAAAGGCAAGUAGUAGAAGAUACAGCCAUGGGAAAAAAGAGUCCAAGAGAGCAAUUGGACGGUUCAAGAGACUCAAAAACAAACUAGGCAUUAUCUUCCACCACCACCACCAUCAUCACCACCAUAACAGACAUAGCUUCAUGUGGAAUCGGGUAAGAAAAAUCUUCCAUCCCACAAAUAACAAAAAACUAACAAGUAUGGAAGAUAGAUAUGAGAAGGUAAAGAAUACAGCAGUCAGAAGCGAGGGUUGGACGAAUCAAGUUAGUAAGUUUCAGGCGAUUGCUAAAGAGCUUCAAAGCCAUGUACGGAGAUCGAAAGCUAUGAAAAAGAAGGAUCCAUGGAAGAUGAAAUGUGGGAAGGGUGUAAAGAAAUUGCAUUGGUGGAAGCUAUUUUGUAAUCGACAUGGAGUGCGGUUCCACAAUAAAGGGUGUAUUAGAAGAAUAAGGUACGUAAAUAGAAAAUCUAAGCUAUAACUGGCUUACGGAUGACUAUAUU